AUGUGGUGGCUGCUGGUAUUCGUGCCGGCAGCGCUAUCGCUGAAUUAUCGUUGCCAGAACGAUCAGGUGCUUGUGGUGCAAAGUUUCGGGAACGACACGAUCCGAAUGCACUGUCAACAGCUGGAUAUGUGCGGAUAUCAGCGACUGCGUUGUGAAUACGAUGAAUUUCAACCACAAUGCGGUGGACUCAUGAAUUUCGUCGCACACGUGAUUCAAACAUCUUCCACCUCGCCUGUUGAACACACAUGUUGCAAUUUGUUCAAUCCACGACCACCACAUACAAUUCCGACUCACGUUGGUAAUGAUUGUUUCAUCUACGAGCUUCCAGACGGUUCCACGCAUCCAAAACAACCAGAAGCGACCGAUGACACACCGUAUACGAUUCUAAAGAGUGCGGCUGAGAUUCCUGAACAAAUUGAUGGGAUUUCCGGCUAUCGACUACGUCUAUACCUUCUCAAAAACAAAGCUCCGCCCACUCUACUCGUCAAAGGAAUCGAACGAAGGCUUGAUGGUUAUCGUGUCACUAUCUGUCGUCCACGGUGUACCUCGUACGAAAACGCAGAGAAGGAUGAAGAUGCCAGUAACGAAUGGAAAGCGAUAAGUUGGAGUAGUUGGACGAGUUCAUCGUGGUCCUCAUGGGCACGUAGCGUAUGGGGCAACGUGGGCAGCAGUCAGUCACGUGAACGAGUUCAAGAGACAACCGGACGUGGCGUGUCUGCUGAAAAAUCUGUGCAAGGUCCUCAUCACCUUCACGUGCACGUAAACGCAAGCGGUAACAACAAUAAUGUGAUUAACAGCGGUGGAGCGGGGGCGGCGGAUAGAAGUGGAUCGUCGCCGCCAGGUCACAUUAACAUCACCGUCCACACGGACCAGUUCAAAGGAGCCGGUGGUGGUGGUGGUAAUUUGCCUAAUAUUAAGUCUGAAUCCAACUCCAACACCAACAUAUACGGUAGAUCCGGUGUCGAUGGAAAAGGAGGUGACGACGACGGUGGCAGAGGUGGAAAACGGAGAAGAGGAGAAGGACAUGAUCAGGAUUACGACUCAGGAGAAGCUGACCUCAGCCGCCGUGGCAAGAAACAGCACCGACAUCGAGUCGGCAGUGAAGAUGAUGGUGAUUAUGACGAUGAAGACUACAGCGAUGAAGGGGGUAGAGGAUCGAGAGGAGGAAAAGGAAGAGGAAGGGGAAAAGGAAGAGGAGAAGGAAAGGGUAGAGGAAAAGGAAAGGGUAAAGGAAAAGGAAAGGGAACCGGUGGAGUUGACGAUGACCUGAGCAGUGACGUUGGUGAUUACGAUUCUGGAGGCGUUGAUCAGGACACCAGUGACGAAAAUGCAAAUCAAGGCCUCGGCAAAGGAAAAGGAAAAGGAAAAGGAGGUAGAGAUGGAAAAGGAGGAAAACACGGAGGAAAAGAUGGCAGAGGUGGACGUAGAGGAAAAGGAGGAGAAGGAGACGGAGGAGACGGAGGAAACGGAGGAAAAGGAGAUGGAAGAAACGGAGGAAAAGGAGGAAAUGUUGGAGAUGACGGAGGCGAUAACGGAGGCGGUGGAGACGAUGAAGAUAAUGGCACCGCCGGCCGCCUAGGUGCCGGUGACGGUGGCGAUGGAGCUGGAGCAGGGCCAGGUGGUCGAGGAGGUGCAGGUGGACGUGGAGGUGAAGGCGAUGGAACAGGAGAUGGAAACGGAAAACGUGGAGGAAAGACACAAGGUCAUGAAGGAAAAAGAGGAAAAGGAGGAGACGAUGGAGAUGAUGACGGUAAUGACGGUGAUGGUGGUGCAGGAAGCAGAGGAAAAGGAAAAGGAGGCGAUGAUGGAACAGGAAGAGGCGGUUCUGGUGGUCCUAGCACUGGCAAGGACGGAUCCAAGGGAAGUGAUACUGGAUCAGAAAAAGGCGGAGCUGAUGGCGAACCUCAAGGCGCCGAUGGUGCAACGUCCGGAGAAAGGAAGAAACUGAAGGAUUCUCACGAAAAACCAAGUGUCGGAGAAGGCGAAGGAGAUACAGGAGCAGGUGGACGAGGAGGAAAAGGUGGAGAUGCAGGAGGUAAAGGGCUCGGAGACGGUGAUGGAGCUGGCGAAGGAGGUUCCCCAGGUGAAGGAGGAAGAGGUGGAAAAGGCGGCAAAGGAAGUGGAGAUGGAACACGUGAUGGUGGAGCCGGAGAUGGAGGUGUAGGUGGACGUGGAGGUAAAUCUGGAGGAUCGGGAAGCGGAGGAACUGGAAAAGAUGCCGGUGAUGCUGGACCAGGAGGAAAAGGCGGAAGUGGCAAAGACGGUGGCAAAAUGAAUGGGCUUGACGGUGCUGAUGGCGGUGAUGGUGGACGUGGAGCAGGCGCCGGAGACGGUGAUGGAGACGGUGCCGGGAAAGGAAAGGGCGGACGAGGAGGAGCAGAGGGCGGUGCAGGAGGAGAUGGCGCCGAUGGUCUGGAUGCUUUACGUGGUGCAGGCUCAAACAGGUCUCCUAAAGGCGGCAAGGGAGGAGACGGCGUGGAUGGCGGCAAUGAUGGUCUCCAGGAUGGUGAUAACGAACAGCAAGGAGUAGAUGGAAAACCAGGAAAACGUGGAAAAGACGGACAGGCUGGAGAGGAAGGUAGAAGUCAAAAUAGGCAGCCGGUAGAUGGUGAGGAUGGAGGUGCCGGAGCUGAUGCCGGUUCAGAAACAACCACGAAGAGGACCAUCGAUAACUCUGUUGCUGGCUCUCCUGACGGCACCGGUACCCCGGACGUCAUCACCACCGACGGUUUCACCAGCGCUUCAGACCUCGGCGCAAAUACUGGCGAAACUACAACGCCUCGAGUAACAACCGUCCCAGCGGGAGCGACGGGUGACGGUGCUGCACCAAAAGCUGAAGGGGACCCGAUAAUCAUCGCUGCAGAAUUACCAACCGGAUCAGGUCCCAUUAGCGGAGCAGGAAAAACUGCCGCCGUCGCAAAACCGGCCGGUGGCGCUGCUGGAAAGACAGCUACGGUGGCGGCAAAGACCACGGCUGGUGAUGGCGGUGGCGCUAAGGCAGCUAAGACAGCCAGUUCCACAUCCGGAAAGGCAGCCGCCACGAAACCUGGAGCCGGAAGUGCUAGAUCUUCAACAAAAACUGGGAGUGCUCCAGCUCCAGCAAAAGCAUCCACUCCCAGUAAGCCACGCUCAGGUACGAAGGCGGCGUCAUCUGCUGCCAAAUCAUCGUCAGGUGCAGGAAAGUCGCCGUCUGGACGAAAAUCUGGAUCAGGAGCUCCGCGCAGCGGCGGUGCUGGUAAAGCAAAGGCAGCCGCGACAAAAACUAGAGGAACUGCUCCAAGGAUUCAAGGACGAGGCCCAUCUGAUCCAUCUCCUUCACCGGCCGCAACAAGUGGCGCUGAGCAAGUAAACCAAGGAACCAGGAAGAAAACUGUUGCACAACAAGCAGCAGAUCCACGAGCUACGGAGCAUGCCAUAAAUCGUCUGAAGAACAUGAACUGUUUCCCGGCUGACUCGAUGGUGACUACGGUAAUCGGACCGAAACGUAUGGAUCAGGUGGCUGUCGGUGACUAUGUAUUGGUACCUAGCGCCGGCGGCGUACUGAAGUAUGAACGAGUGGAGAUGUUCUACCAUCGGGAACCAGAAACUCGAGCUCAAUUCGUUGUUCUGAUCACCGAGUCGAAGAAACGUCUAGCUAUGACUCCAAAACAUUUGUUGCCAUUCGGCGAGUGUGAAGCGAUGAAAAGGACUCUCUCCGAAACGGAUGGUGUCGAACAAUCGCUACGAGCAUCUCGUUACGCUGACGGCGCAACGGUUGGCGAUUGUGUGCUGACCGUCGACGAUAAAGGCUCAGUAGCUGUUGAGAGAAUCGUUAAGGUUGGACGACAAAUCUCCACUGGGAUCUAUUCACCGAUGACUGCCGACGGUGCGUUGAUUGUCGAUGGAGUUCUAUCCUCAUGUUUCGCGGUGGUUGAAAGUCAUACGGUACAGAAGAUCGUGUACGACUUCCUUGUGUACACCUAUGAAUUUUUCGGUCUGUUAUCAGGUGGAAGACCGCCUCCUCUACCUCCUCCGAACCUCGUGCCGCUAAUCCCGGCUCCACAGCUACAACAUGCAGCCGUCGUCAACAAUCCAGUAGCCGGUACGCCACCGACUCCACCGUCAAAUCGACUGUCACCGCCUCAGAUUGGUGUACCUGUGCCACCGGGCCUACAGCAACCUCCGCGAGCAGUUUUUCCUCCCUUUCGUAACGUUGGACCCGCUCAAGCGGCAAAACCACCACAACCAGUGGUUGCCGCUAUGCCUCCACCAGCUCGUGUUCCACUUCCCCCAGCUCCUCCUCCAAUGGGUCGAGCUCAAUCGGCUCCACCACUUUUUCGUGCGCCUGCACCGUUCCAGGAGAUUGCGCCUGUACGGCCAGGCGCUCAAAAUCCAGAUCAACCUCCUGCGCCACCGGGAUCCGCUCCGGAUGCCGAAUCUCCUGCUCCCGUUCGAACACCUCGAGAAGACGCUAAAAGCGUAAAAGCAGCAGGAAGUGGAGGAAAAACGCCGAUCGGAUCCGAAAGACCACCGAAAACUGUACCUCGCGUUGAGUACAUACCUGCGGCGGAAUACGUGGACACUUCGAGAGUGUUUAUUCGUUUCAUACAGUUUUUAAUUUUGUGCGAGUUGUCCUACUAUCUUUACGUAUCGUCUCUUUCUUACGUUCAUGUUCAUUUGUUCGCCGAGUACAUGAAAACCUUCAGUGUUCAUAUAUUUCAUGCCGCUCUCGUAGCUCCUAUAAGCAAUGUCUUAGCGGUUCUGUUUGCGUUCCGUACAAUUUCUGGAUUGUUCGCUAUAAACUUCACAACUCCAGCAAAUCCAAAAAGAGGAUUGUUUCGACUCGUAACGCUUGUAACCUCGCGACUCAUAUUCGGAGGGAUCAUCAUUGUAGCAGGUUCGUUGUUAAGGAAUGAAAUCGGUUCGGAAGCAUCGAAAGAGGUGAUCCAGAGAAAUAUAGCGCACUUGAUCCAUUAUGCAACGAAAGAACCAGGAUAUAUGGAGGAAAUUAAUCGAAUACAACAAGAGUUCCAGUGUUGUGGUAUUCAAACCGACAUCGAUGUGGGAAAUGGUACGUAUACGCCGCCGGAUCAUCCUUGGAACAUGUGGUUUGCUACGUAUUCUCUGGAUGAAACGUAUCCAAAUAUAAUAAGAGAACUAUAUUCCUUACCAUGGUCUUGCUGUAAUAGAACUAGUAAUGCGAAAUGUGAACAUAUUGGGAUUUCACGAUAUUUGAGAAAAUUCUCAACUCCUACAGAUUAUAAUGACGUUGAAGCUGCUCUCCAAGUUCAGGAAUUUAAAUGGAAUCCUGUAGGAUUUGAACAUUAUGAGUCAAGGAAUGAAAUCGCCCGUGGUACACUUUAUUCAAACGAUUGCUCGGUUGAGAUGUUUCAACGCCUUCAAAUAGAGGUGGAAUUUUUAGAGGAAUUGUUGCUCAAAACAGGUAUAGUAAUGAUUGGUUUGUCUCUGCCAAUAAUUGCUGUGACAGCUCAUUUAUGGAUUAUUAUUAGAAAUGUGCAACAUCCUGCAACAGCAUCAAUGGCAAGCGCCAGAAGCAGAAAAGAGAUGGAACCGCCAGCAGAUCCCAACGAGCCGAAGGUUGAGCACCAGCAGGCACCGAUACCGGAAGUUCCACAAAUCCCAGGAGAUGAGAUGUAUCCUAUAUAUUCGGAUAUCUUCACGGAUAUGACAUCUGCCGAGAUCAUCAAGGUCGGACAUCGGUCCGCUAUUCUGCCAAUAUUUUUUAUACGUAUGCAAAGAGCGAACACGUUGAUGUUUACGCAAUUGCACAAAUGUCAUCAAGAUUCCAAUGAUAUUUGGCGCCAACUCACACAGUCGAAAUUGCUCGGAAGAGCUCGUCGACAGUAUCCAGGAAUGGGAUAUGAGGCGGCUGGACCACCCGCUUUUUCGAGUGGACAUUGUUGCAGCUGUCAACAAGGCCCACCGGGUCCGCCAGGAUUGAGAGGUCAAGAUGGUUUUCCGGGCAGGAAAGGCCCUGUGGGCGAAAAUGGCCGUCACGGUAACAACGGUCGUUACGUUGAUGCUAAAGCGAACGCUGAGCUGCCAUGUCAAAAAUGCCCACCGGCACCACCGGGACCGCCAGGACAUCCUGGAAAUAAGGGACCAAGAGGACGAGCAGGAACUCCUGGCAAGAAUGGAAGUCCAGCGAAACCUGGUCGAGCUGGACCACCUGGACCAUCGGGCGUUCGUGGACCUCCCGGUGAACACGGCACACAAGGACCACCUGGUGACUCUGGGAAGGUGCUUAACGGAGCCGCGCAAGGACCAUCAGGAAGACCAGGACCGGCUGGGCCUCGUGGAAAACCAGGAACGAUCGGAGUUGACGGUCGCCCGGGAUUAAUUGGUUCACGUGGUGCUCGCGGUCCACAAGGUGAGAGAGGCGGUAACGGUGCACUUGGACCGCCUGGUCCUGCUGGAGCUCCUGGUUUGAACGGAAAUCCAGGAAGUUGCAGUCACUGUCCAGCACUUGGCGCUCGGAAGUCGACUCCUCCUCAUUCGCCCGCCCACGUUCCUCCAUCAACGAAAAUUUCCUCCUACGAAACUGAGACAAUCAGUUCGUCCAGUUACGGAGAAGAAAUCGCCGCACCUGCUCCGUCGGCGCCAAAAACACGAGUGCCAAGGCCGCCGGCGCCUAAACCAACUACCACCACCACCCCUACCACCACCACCACCACCACAACUCGAAGAACCACCACCACUCCAACUACCACUACUACUACUCCUACUCCAACAACUACCACUACUACCACAAGAAGAACAACAACUACGACUACCACUACCACACCAGCCCCAACCACAACAACGCCCACGCAAUCGUACGAGGUGAACAUACCGCAGCAGCAACCGCAGCAGAUUCGUGUACGACCCGCUGCCAUACCGUAUCAUCCGCACGUGGUCAGCAUCUAUGACGAUGAACCCGUUGAACCCGUCACUCCGCAACUCCCCCGUCGACUCAUCGUGGGUCACUCGAGAGGUCAACACGGUGCCGAGCCUCCCCUGGUCGUGCAGGAGUCGAUCGCAAACUUUGAAUUCCAGCCAAAAACCAUCCGCACUAAGCAGGGAUAUAACGUGCAAAUCGUCAGCGGUUCAUACUCCGCCAAUCCUGUCGGCAGGGCAUGGGACGCGGGCACGCCCACACACUACAAUCCAGCCCACUACCAGCAGUUGGCCCCACCGGCACCAAGAUAUAGUCGUAAAUAA